GCGCAUAUUGAUUCGUUUCCUGCGGACGCCGGGAGGAGCCAAACAUUAAGAGGAUGAGGAACACCUCGGAGCGAACUGAUUAAAUACUGUACUGAAUCAAAAGUGACUCACCAAAGAGAUAGCUACAUUUGUGUGGACUCGUCUAUCGUCAUUUUGAGAGAUGAUGAUGACCUCACUCAGCUAGUGACCUGACCUCCCAGUCCCAGAUCAUCCUCAGCCAGGCAACCCAGCCGUGACAGAACCAGUCAUUGGACAGCACAAUAGUAUAAUAUAUAUGCCAUUUAGCAGACGCUUUUAUCCAAAGCCACUCAUCCGUGCAUACAUUUUACGUAUGGGUGGUCCCACAGUGACAGUGUUCAAUUUCUACUAGCAUCAUGGCUGCCAGCCAGCAGAAAGGCACUGCAGUGCUGGAAACUUCAACAGAGGGAAAGCGAACAGAGCUCAGGGCCAAUGAAGUACUGAAGAAAUGCUCAUGGGCCUCUUAUAUGACCAACUCCCCCACUGUGAUUGUCAUGAUUGGUCUUCCUGCCAGAGGGAAAACCUACAUGUCCAAGAAGCUAACCCGCUACCUCAACUGGAUAGGAGUGCCAACCAAGGUGUUCAACCUGGGGGUCUACAGGCGAGAGGCUGUAAAAGCCUACAAAUCCUAUGACUUCUUCAGACAUGACAACGAGGAGGCCAUGGAAAUCAGGAAGCGGUGUGCUCUGGUAGCUCUGCGGGAUGUCAAAGCUUAUCUGACUGAGGGGGGCCAGAUCGCUGUCUUUGAUGCCACAAACACCACCCGAGAGAGGAGAGAAUUACUCCUUAGUUUUGCAAAGGAACAUGCUUACAAAGUGUUUUUUGUGGAGUCAUUGUGCGACGACCCUGAUGUCAUUGCUGCUAAUGUUAUGGAUGUGAAGGUAUCCAGUCCAGACUACCCAGAGAGACACAGAGAGAGUGUGAUGGAGGACUUCCUGAAGAGAAUAGAAUGUUAUAAAGUCACGUACCAACCAUUAGACCCAGAUGAAAAUGACAGGGACCUGUCCUUCAUCCAGGUCAUCAAUGUGGGCCGGAGCUUCCUGGUCAACAGGGUGCAGGACUACAUCCAGAGCAAGAUCGUGUACUACCUCAUGAACAUCCACGUGCACUCUCACUCUAUCUACCUGUGUCGGCACGGAGAGAGCGACCACAACGUGGAGGGACGCAUCGGGGGCGACGCAAUGCUGUCUGUUCAAGGGAAAAAGUUUGCUGGAGCGCUUAAGGGUUUUGUGGAGGAGCAUGGUCUGUCGGACCUAAAGGUGUGGACCAGCCAGCUGAGACGGACCAUCCAGACUGCUGAGGAGCUUGGGGUGCCCUACGAGCAGUGGAAGAUACUCAACGAGAUCGAUGCAGGUGUGUGUGAGGAGAUGACCUAUGAUAUAAUCGAGAAAACCUACCCUGAGGAGUUUUCCUUGAGAGACCAGGACAAGUACCACUACCGCUACCCAGGGGGAGAGUCCUACCAGGACCUAGUGCAGAGGUUAGAGCCGGUCAUCAUGGAACUGGAGAGACAAGGCAACGUGCUGGUCAUCUGCCACCAGGCUGUCAUGCGAUGCCUGCUCGCUUACUUCCUGGAUAAGAGUGCAGAUGACCUGCCCUACUUGAAGUGUCCCCUCCACACGGUUCUAAAGCUCACCCCUGUGGCUUAUGGUUGCAAAGUGGACAUGUUUGACCUGAAAGUGAAGGCUGUGAACACUCACCGGGAUAGGCCAUUAGAUAAAGUCCGUAAUGACGUCGUUCCUGCCACAUUCCUACGGAGGAACAGUUUCACCCCGCUGUCCAGUCACGACCAGGUGAAGCGACCGCGCCUCUACAGCGCUGGCAACCUACCUCAAUCUCGACGGCCCCUGGCCCCCUUUCUACCCAGCAUGCAGUCCUUUGAGGACCCUGAGGGAGCAGAGUUGGCACAAAGCCAAGAGUCUCUCAACUGCUUCAGCCCAGAAGAUGCUGUCCACAGUUGAAGAGGACUGAGAAGGGUGUCUCCACUCCCCCACAUUUUCGCUGCCAUCAGAUCUGGGUUCAAAUACAAUUUAGAAAUCUUGUUAAAUACCUUUAGUGUUCGCUUUAGCUUGCCUGGAGUGCCAGGUGGGCAGUGUUUGCUUUAGCUUGCCUGGAGUGCCAGGUGGGUAGUGUUUGCACUUUGGGGACUUUUCCGCUGAUUCCAUUGCAACAGUGAAGCGCUAUAAAGCACAGCUAAAUUAUUUUUUAUUAUUUCAAAUACUAUUUGAACCCAGGUACCCUCUGUCUGCUCAGGCUUGCUUCAUACCAUGCCAGCCUUACCAAUUUGAUUGUCAAGCAGGAGUUCAAGCACACUGUCUUAGCAGCAAAUUAGGUAUGGAAUGUGGUUGUUGUAGUGGCCAGAAUUUGUUCUACAGUUCCAUUUCUGUUGCCAUCUGUUAGAUAGAUGGUGUGUGUGGGUGAAGAGCGAUGUGAUUUGAGACAAACAUGACCUUGCGCACACACACUUAUCAACAGUCAACGUUUAAUUUAUUGUGAACAGAACUUUAGAAUGUUGAAUAGAGGACAUCCUUGAGAUUAUUUGUCUCAGUAGAUUUGAGACAUUCAGUGAUUUGUCUAUUACAAUGUAUUUAAUUUACACUAACUAAUGGAGAGGGUUGCCACACUGAAAAAUGUAUCAAAAACAAAGCACUGACUACAAACACUGUCUUAUCCUUAAAUUAUUAUCCUUUAAUUCUACAAUGUAGUUUAUAAACAAUUACUUAAGAUCUUAUGAAUAAUAUAUUCUGAACAAAAAUAUAAAUGCAACAUGCAACAAUUUUAAUGGUUUAACUGAGUUACAGCUCAUAUAAGGAAAUUAGUACAUUUAAAUUAGGCCCUAAUCUAUGGAUUUGACAUGACUGGGCAAGGUUGCAGCCAUUGGGGCCUGGGAAGGGCAUAAGCCCACCCACUUGGGAGCCAGGCCCAGCCAAUCAGAAUGAGCUUUUCCUCACAAAAGGGCUUUAUUACAGACAUAAAUAGUCCUCAGAAAUUAACAUAAAAUUCUCUGGCAACAGUUCUGGUGGGCAUUCCUGCAAUCAGCAUGCCAAUUGCACGCUCCCUCAAUUUGAGACAUAUGUGGCAUUGUGUUGUGACACAACUGCACACUUUAGUGAUAUUUUGUUGUCCCCAGCACAAGGUGCACUGUGUAAUGAGCAUGCUGUUUAAUCAGCUUCUUGACAUGCCACACCCAUCAGGUGGAUGGAUUGUCUUGGCAAAUGAGAAAUGCUCACUAACAGAGAUGUGCAUACAUUUGUUUACAUCAUUUGAGAAAUGUAUUUUUGUGCGUAUGGAACAUUUCUGGGAUCUUUUAUUUCAGCUCAUGAAACAUAGGACCAAGACUUUUACAUGUUGUCUUUUUAUAUUUUUGUUCAGUAUAUGUACCCCUUUAAUUGGAUAGUUGAAUAUCAUCUCUUUUGAACAUUCUCAUACUUGACCAGCCUUGUUUCCUCAGUGAGAGUACAAAUGCUGAAAGACCACCAUACAGGAUUUAACAUUUUGGCUUAAGAGUUAAUGUUAUUAGUUAGUCACAUGUUACUUUUACAUGUUACAUUACUGUGUGUGUAUAGAGUUCACAUUUCACACUGCAAUUCUGUCACAUAUUCAUGGCCAUGUUAUGAAACACCCAUGUCUUUGCAUUAUCAAUGUAUCAAUUGCAUGUCCUCAGCUAAAAUGGCAACAUGAUUUAAGGGGGCAAAUAUUUUUUAGACAGUACUACUGUAGUUACAGUCAACAUGCCAUGCCAUCAACAUUUUGGAAUAUUUAUUCUUAAAUGUGCUAUACUGACAUUUGAAAAAGCACAGCGCAAUCGAAGAUGGGUACUUUCAUACUUACAGUUCACUGAUUGUGUCCAACCAUGUGCAUCUUGUUUAUUACUGCCACAUUGAUAAUGUUAAAUUCAAUGCUGCUCUAAAGUGCUUCUGUGCUGGUGUUUAGCAACAUUACUUUUGUGGCUGUUACAAGACAAUGUUAUUAUAUAAGUAGGCAGUCAGUCAGUAGCCUGUAAGACUACAACAUACUGAAUGAUAUAAUGGUAUGAUGCUGUAAGAUAUUUUUAGAUCACUAGAAUUAUCUGAUGUAAGUGUAAAUUAUUGAAGAAAUUAUGUUGUACUCUGUCAGAACGUCUUGCUCAUGGCAGUUUGACUUGACUUGGUUCUCUGGUACAUAAUGUGGCCAGAUGUAUUGAGCUCAUUGGGAGGUGUCAUCCUGUUUAGAUGUUUCCACUACAACUCCCUGUCUCUCUCAAGCCAGGGCAAGCCUGUGGCAGAACCCUGGCUAUGGGGCAAGACUGGGAGUGGCUUCCUGGGAAUAAUAACCUAGAUGACUCAAUCUUCUCAUAUUUGACCUACAGUAUCUGUGAAAGAGGACUAAUACAAUAAGUGUCUCAAGGACAUAAAGGGAAGGUGGCAGCAGGGGAUUGGGGAUGUUCAAAUGUUUCCAGACUGGUGUGUCAUAGGGAAAUGGGUUGGUUCAUUGUUAUACUACCAUCUGAAACUUGUCUGUGUAUAGCAUGAACUACUGAAGCAUACAGUACAUUAUUCUCACAGGAAGUAUUUAUUUGCUUCAAUCAGCAGGGGUGCCUCCUUUUGACAAUAUUAUUUUUUUUUUCAUUUCUGUUAUUGGACGCAGUAAUGUCCUUGUCACGCAUUACCGCUUUCACAGCCUUGUUUGUGUAUCAGUGGGCAUCUUUCGCAAGACUGCAUUGUACUACACUCGAGGCAACAAUUUACCUAAACCAACAACACUUUAAGGUGUGGAGACAUUGUAAUGAAACCUUAUGAGUCAUAUAUUAACUUGUUUUACUGUAUUUAUAAAUUAGGACAAAUCUGAACUAUAGUUGGAAUAGAAAUAAUAAAUUGUUGGGUUUUCUGAUGUGUAGGGAACUUAAAUGGUGCUUUCUA